AUAUACAUUUACACCAUGGAGUUGCUUGGCCGCUUAAGGAGGGUCGUGAAGAAGAUAAAGCUGUUGCUGAGUUUCGAUACGAACCGAUGGCGAGUCGCUUCGAUGAUCGGCGGUGUUUCCCGGAAGCUGAGCUUUACGGAUAGGCCGGGGUUAAGCGCGUGCGUUGACGCCGACGAUGACAGCGAUUGGGAUGAUUCGUGUCGUUGCUCGAAUAGGUUGGCUCGGACGACGAGUUAUCAAUCGGAGGAUGAUGUGGAUAAGAGGGCGGAGAUGUUCAUUGCUAAUUUUCAUAGACAACUUCGGAUGGAGAGACAGGUUUCUUUGCAGCUGAAAUACCUUGGUGGGAACAGUUUUGGCUACUAUUCUCCCUGAUUCAUUCCUUCUUUCUUUCUUUAAUGGAAGCCUGUUCGUUUUUAUUAGAGGUUGUCCAUUUGAUUUAUUGUGAUUAU